CCUCGGGAUGGCGGCCGAGGAGCUGGAGGCGCUGCUCGGCGGGAAGGGCUGGCCGGUGCCCGCGGCGGGAGGCUGCGACCCGGGCGCCUCGGAGCCGGCGCGCCUGCGGGGGAACGUCUGCUACGUGGUGCUGGCGGUGCUGCUGAACGAGAAGGACGAGGUGCUGGUGAUGCAGGAGGCCAAGGCGGAGUGCUACGGGAGCUGGUACCUGCCGGCCGGCCGCAUGGAGCCCCGCGAGACCGUGGCGGAAGCCGUGCGGCGGGAGGUGCAGGAGGAGACGGGGCUGCAGUGCCGGCCGCUGACGCUGCUGGCGGUGGAGGAGCGGGGGCCCAGCUGGAUCCGCUUCGUCUUCCUCGCCCGGCCCACCGGCGGGACCCUGAAGAGCCUCCAGCAGGCGGACGCCGAGUCCCUGCAGGCGCGGUGGUGGGACCGGGAGAGCCCCGCCCUGCCGCUCCGCUCGCGGGACAUCCUGCCCUUAAUGGACCUGGCCCUGCAGUACCGCGCCGGGCCCCGCCACCCGCCCGUCCUGCCCGUGGAGCUGCCGUGCGCCUCGGUCUGCCAGCGGUUCCUGCUCGCCUUCACCGGCGGCCGCGACGAUUCCCUCUGGGUGCUCCUGGAGACCACGGGCGGGCCGCACCUCCCGCUGGCGACCAGCGGCCCGUCGGCUUCCAAGCCGGGCAAGAGGCUCGUGACGGCCCUUCCGCAGCUGCUGCAGAGGUGCGGGGCCCGGCCCGAGGUGGCCGUCCGCCUGCAGGGCCUGCUUGGGCUGCAGCACCUGGGCCGGGACCCGGGCCGGAGCGACGGCGUCUGCUUCAACGUGGUGGCCACGGUGGGAAGCGAGGGCUCCCAGGAGGAGCUGGCCCCGCCGGCCUUGCAGGAGCCGGCCUUCACCUGGUGGGAGGUGGAAGAGGCCGCGCUGAAAAGCCAGGUGCUCCAGAGGCUCCACGCGGCUGCCUUCCUCCCCAUCUACAGUUAGUGCCUCAGAGAUCCAGGUCGGCAGAGGGAGUGCAUGGUACCAUUCCCCC